AUGUCAGCUGAACUGUACGGCCUGCAGGUGGCGAUCCGCAUGCUGGAGAGCAUGAAGAAUUCCGAGCUGGCCCAGGAACUAGAGAAGAAGUGCAAGAGAGGUAUGAACCAGAACUGUCUUUCACUGACCAGACCAGACUUUGUUUCAAAUAAUUUUGCCAGCUGCGUACCACCCUGCAUCCCACUGCUGGCUUGCCUCUGAAGUUAACAUGGUUGGUCCCUGGAUGGGAGACCAGAUGCUGCUGGAAGUGGUGUUGGAGGGCCAGUACAAGGCACUAUUUCCUCUGGUCUAAAAUAAAAUAUCCCAAUGCCCCAGGGCAGGGAUUGGGGACAUUGCCUUGUGUAUGGCGCCAUCUUUCGGAUGAGACGUUAAAUGGGUGUUCUGACUCUCUGUGGUCACUAAGAAUCACAUGGCACAUAUCGUAAGAGUAGGGGUGUUAACCCCGGUGUCCUGGCUAAAUUAACAAUCGGUACCGCAUACCAUCAUGGCCAUCAAAUUAUCCCCAGCUUCAAAUUGGCUCAUUCAUCCUCCCUACUCUCCCCUGUAACUAUUCCCCAGGUCGUUGCUGUAAAUGAGAAUGUGUUCUCAGUCAACUUACUUGGUAAAAUGUGUUAUUAAAAUACUUUUUCCUGUACAUUUGAGUAUUUUCAAAUACACAGCCAAGAACAAGUACUUUUAUUUGAGUAUUUGAAUGGUUAUUUGUUAAAAAAUAAUAGUCAACCAAAUUAUAUUUGAAAGUAUUUAAGUACUUAUUUCAAAUACCUGGGUUAAAUGCAUGGGAGUGUUUAUUUGAGAGAAUUCUCUAAAACUUUCCAAGUGUAUUUCCAAAUACAUUCCCAUAUUAAACUACUUGUUUUUUUUUUUCUUCAAAUAAAGGUUAUCUGAAUACUUGUUUUGAAAAGUAAUUGAAAUACCUGAGAUAGUAUUUGAACCCAGGUCUGCACCAGACCAGAGACUGGGGAAGUCUGUAGUCAGUCAGCCGGGCCUUAAAUAUAGGCUUAUAUAUACUGUAUCAGCCUGACUGUUCUCUCACUCCCUCCAACCAGUCUCUCUAUCUAUGUCCCUCUCUUCCUUCUCUCUCCCCCUCUUCCUUCUCUCUCUCUCUCCCCCUCUUCCUCCUCUCUCUCUCUCCCCCUCUUCCUCCUCUCUCUUCCUUCUCUCUCUUCCUUCUCUCUCCUCCUCUUCCUUCUCUCUCCUCCUCUUCCUUCUCUCUCUCUUUCUCAUCCUCUUCCUUCUCUCUCUCUCUCUUUCUCAUCCUCUUCCCUCUCUCUGUCUCCCCCUCUUCCUUUCCUCUCUGUCUCCCCCUCUUCCCUCUCUCUGUCUCCCCCUCUUCCUUUCCUCUCUGUCUCCCCCGCUUUAGCUGUGAUUCAGUAUGAGUUGAAGUAUGGUCUGAUCCGGAGACACAACUGUAUCUAUGAGGGUGUUCCCCGGGCAGGCCAGCAUCUAUACCGGAAGUAUGUCUACGUCGAAGCCCAAAUCUCCACCCACGGUCACAGCGGGUUCCAACCCUCCCCAGGCCGCCUUCCAGGACAGCGUGAUUGGUGGGAAAACAUAUUCCGUCUCCGGUCCAGGAAUGGGUCUCCAGUAUAA